CUUUUUUGUCACUCGAUUAAAUCGUCUGGUUUCUUUGUACCUUUGUUCCAUUUUCCAUGGCCCUUGCACACAAAAAUUAACAAUUGAGAAUUCGUUCAAGUGAAAAGUCAAUGUUUUUCUUUCUUCAAAGUUCAGUUCAGUUUUUCUUCAAAAAAAUUGGGUAUAUAAAUAAAAAUCACUUCACUGCGUGGGUUAACAAACGAAAAUGGCGGACCCUGAACUCGAGGCACUUCGGCAACAGCGAUUAGCUCAAUUGCAAUCACAAUACAAGGGUGGAGAUGCAGGAAAUCAACAAGCGGCAGAAGAGAAGCAAAGGCAGAUAGAAGAGUUUCGUCAUUCAAUUCUCGCUCAAGUGUUGGACCAAUCUGCCAGAGCACGACUGAAUACUCUGUCGCUCGGAAGACCAGAAAAAGCAAAAAUGGUGGAAGAGAUGUUAGUCAGCAUGGCACAGCGAGGACAACUGCCUGGUAGGCUUGGAGAAGAAGAACUGAUCAGGUUGCUCGAAAGCGUUAAUCAACAAACAAGAAAAACUACAACAGUCAAAUUUGAUAGACGCAGAGCAGCUUUGGAUUCCGACGACGAUUUAUAGCCUUAGACAAAAUGUUAUGAUACGAUUUUUUGAUCAAACAUCAUUGAAGACUAAUUUAAUUGUAAAACUGGUUUACUUUGAAACCUCUUAAUUUCUAAUUUUUAAUUAUUACAUUAAUUAAUAAAUCUUGCUUUGUAGCAUUUUUUUUCUCA